AUGAGCAUCCUCCUCGAGGAGCAGCGGCUGCUGCACGAGGACAUCGAGCGCCUCGAGCAGGCCACCGCCGAGCGCAUUCUCGAGGACCCCAGGAACAACAGGGAGCACCUCCGCCGUGAUCACCAGAUGGCAAACUUCCUUGAUCGCAUCCAGAGCCAAUCCAAGCGGUUGCUGGACAUCUACGCCGACUCGAACGGCGAGCGCACCCGCCAGGUCCAGGCCAUUUCCACUGGCGACAUCUUCGAGGAAUUCUACAAGGAAUACAAGGAAAUCAAGUCCCACCACAAGGAAUACCCGAACGAGGCGGUCGAGAACUUGGAGCGAGCCUACAAGCGCCGUCCCGGCGAGCCCGAGCCCAUGGCGCCCAACAUCGAAUCCAUGUUCACUGGCGAGGAAGGCUUUGGGCGCUUCUUCGACAUGACGACCCUGCACGACGCCUACGAGAACCUGCCGGGCAACAAGAAUGCGAAACACUCCACCUACUUGCAGUAUCUAGACACGUUCGACAACUUCGCCCAGUUGAAGCGUCCUAACAAGAUGACAGAUGCCUACUUCCGCUAUCUCGGCGAUUUGGUCUCGUAUCUUGAGGGCUUCAUGAGGAAAACGAGGCCGCUGGAGGAUCUGGACAGGCUGUUCGCCGAGUUCGACGAAGAGUUUGCGAAGGCGUGGGAAGCCAACGAGAUCCCCGGUUGGGAGGACGAGGAUGCAGCUAAGCGUGCCACUGCUGGCCCUGUGACUGAGGGAUCUGGCUCUGGAUACUGGUGCGCUGACUGCCAGAAGGAGUUCCAGGAGCACACGUAUAAGCCUCACCUCAAUGGAAGGAAGCACAAGAGGGCCGCUGCUGAAAGGGCUGCGACGGGCGGACAGGCUGGCGACGACCAGCCUUCUUCGAACGGCGCUGUCGACACUAAGCGUCUCAAAGAGCGUGCCGUUGCGCAGCGUGAGUUCUCUGUCAAGAAGCUUGCGGCUGCCAUGAAGCUACAGCGCGGUGAUACCCGCGUCAAUGUCGAGCGCAGGCAGGGUAUGACCGAGCGCGAGCGUCAGCAGGAGCUCGACUCUCUGUAUGCAGAGGGCAUAGACGAAGUUCAGGAGGGUGAAGGUGAGGAAGAAGGUGAUGAGGACAAGAUCUACAACCCUCUUAAGCUGCCGCUUGCCUGGGAUGGCAAGCCGAUUCCGUUCUGGCUGUACAAGCUGCACGGUCUCGGUGUCGAGUUUCCCUGCGAGGUUUGUGGUAACUUUGUGUACAUGGGACGUCGCGCCUUCGACAAGCACUUUACCGAGGGCCGUCACCUUUACGGCCUAAAGUGUUUGGGAAUCACCAAGGAUACCGGACUUUACAGGGAGAUCACUGGCAUCCAAGAUGCAAUCAACCUCCACAAGAAGAUCGAGGUCGACAAGAAGAAGCAAAAGCAGUCCCAGGAGAACGUGGUCCAAAUGGAGGAUGCAGCGGGCAACGUCAUGCCCGAGAAGGUCUACUACGACCUUCAGAAGCAGGGCUUGCUGUGA